CAUCUGGAAGAGAGCUGGCCGGCCGGGGAGGUGGAGGACGGGGAGAGAAGAGGAAGGAGGCUCCGGGAGCAAGCGAGACAAAAAGGGAGAGCGGAGAGAAGAGGGAUCAUCUCACAUUUCUUUUUUUUUUUGUAUUCCUUUUGAGUUUAUUUUCACCUCAGCCACAUCGCCCCAUUAUCACACAUCGCCCAUAAGCCCCCCUAAGACUCUCGACGAUGCCGUCCAACACUGUCACCAACACCAACACCACUGCAUUCAAAGGCUCAGACUACGCUGAUUCACCUGGAAGCAGAAUGGGUGAAAACACAAUACUGGACAUGGACCUGAUGACAGAGGAGAAGCCGGCUAAAAGUAGUGCCUCUUGUAAAGUUGGCAAGCCUGGAAGAAAGCGCAAGCAGUUUUCAGUCGAGAGCUGCGGCUCUCUCAAAGGCAGCGUGGGCAACAGCUACACUGGGCUGAGUAGGCCGUCCAUGGCACAGGUCCACAAUGGAGACAUGGGCGGGCACAGAGACAGGACAUCCGAUGCCUGCUUCCCCAAACAGGAGAAGAGGGAAGUGGAGAACGGGUUCCCCAGAGACCCUUCCUCUUGCCGGGCAGAGGACAGCUCCCAGGGUCAGAGUCUGAGUCCGUCCCCGGAGAACGGAUUCCUGCCCAGCCGGGCAGACCAGAACGCGGAGAAAGACAAGGACGACAGCCUGACACCACCGCGAAAGAAAAGAGGGAGGCGGAAACUGGAGCGCCCAACGAAAUAUGUGGAGCACAAGGAGGAGGACGGGCCUGAUGCUGUCAAGACCGAGGGAGGUCGAGGCAGAAGGGGAGUUGGUUGGGAGAUCAGCCUUCGUCAGAGGCCCAUGCCCAGAAUAACCUUCCAGGCUGGUGACCCUUAUUACAUUAGCAAGCGGACCAGAGAGGAGUGGCUGGCCAAGUGGAAGAUGGAGGCAGAGAAAAAGUCCAAACUGAUGUCAGCGAUGAAUGCGAUGAAAGAUCAUGAGGAGAAUGAAAUAGAGACCCAGAAAGAGGAGGUCUCAAUAAUCAAGCACCCAUCGCCUUCAAAGCAGCAGCAGCAGCAGCAGCAGCAGCUGCUGCUGCUGCCACCACUGCAGCAGCCUCAGUUGCACACUCAGUCACAGCCUCAGUAUCAACAGCAAUCACAGCCAUCGCUGCCACAACAACAACAACAACUGCAACAACAACAACAUCAGCAGCCUCCUCAGCAGCAGCAGCAGCAGCCUACUGACCCCGCAUCCCCCACUGUGGCCACCACCCCUGAGCCGGUCGCCAUCGAAGGUGGAGACAAGACAUCCCCCAAGCUUGCAGACAAUGAGCCAGAGUAUGAGGACGGCCGUGGUUUUGGCAUCGGCGAGCUGGUUUGGGGGAAGCUUCGCGGGUUCUCGUGGUGGCCAGGCCGCAUUGUAUCCUGGUGGAUGACGGGACGGAGCAGAGCUGCUGAGGGAACCAGAUGGGUCAUGUGGUUUGGAGAUGGAAAAUUCUCAGUGGUUUGUGUAGAGAAACUCAUGCCUUUAAGUUCCUUUAAUAAUGCCUUUCACCAACCAACUUACAACAAGCAGCCCAUGUACAAGAAAGCCAUCUACGAGGUGCUACAGGUGGCUGGCAGUCGGGCAGGCAAAGCCUUCAUGGCCUGCCCCGACAGUGAUGAGACAGAAACCUCAAAAUCAGUAGAAAUGUUGAACAAGCAGAUGAUUGACUGGGCUAUGUCAGGAUUUCUGCCCACUGGACCCAAGGCUUUAGAGCCACCAGAGGAGGAGCGUAACCCAUACAAAGAGGUUUACCCUGAGAUGUGGGUGGAGCCUGAAGCAGCAGCCUAUACGCCUCCUCCAGCCAAAAAGCCUCGCAAAAGCACAGCAGAGAAACCCAAGGUCAAGGACAUCAUUGAUGAGAGGACACGAGAACGGCUUGUUCAUGAAGUGAGACAAAAGUGCCGCAGCAUAGAGGACAUCUGUAUCUCCUGUGGAAGUCUGAAUGUUACCCUUGAGCACCCACUGUUUGCUGGGGGAAUGUGCCAGAGCUGUAAGAACUGCUUCCUAGAAUGUGCGUAUCAAUAUGAUGACGAUGGUUACCAGUCAUACUGCACUAUCUGCUGUGGAGGACGAGAGGUGCUCAUGUGCGGAAACAACAACUGCUGUCGGUGUUUCUGUGUGGAGUGUGUCGAUCUCCUCGUUGGACAAGGAGCAGCACACGCAGCCAUCAAAGAGGACCCCUGGAACUGCUACAUGUGUAGUCAGAGGGGUGUGUUUGGUCUACUGGGGCGUCGCACUGACUGGCCCAGCCGUCUCCAGCACUUCUUUGCAAAUAAUCAUGACCAAGAUUUUGAUCCACCAAAGCUUUACCCCCCAGUCAUGGUGGAGAAGAGGAAGCCCAUUCGUGUCUUGUCGCUAUUUGACGGCAUAGCAACAGGGCUGUUGGUGCUAAAAGAACUUGGCAUCCAAGUGGAUCGCUAUGUAGCUUCUGAAGUGUGUGAAGACUCCAUCACUGUGGGUAUCGUCCGGCAUCAGGGUCGCAUCAUGUAUGUUGGCGAUGUGAGGAACGUCACACGCAAGCAUAUACAGGAGUGGGGUCCCUUUGACCUAGUUAUUGGUGGAAGCCCAUGCAAUGACCUUUCUAUAGUCAAUCCUGCUAGGAAAGGUCUUUAUGAGGGCACCGGACGCCUGUUCUUCGAGUUUUACAGGCUGCUCCAUGAGGCUCGGCCAAAGGAGGGGGAGAGCCGGCCUUUCUUCUGGCUCUUUGAAAAUGUGGUUGCCAUGGGUGUCAGCGAUAAGAGGGACAUAUCUCGCUUUCUAGAGUGCAACCCAGUGAUGAUCGAUGCCAAGGAAGUGUCUGCUGCCCACCGCGCCCGCUACUUCUGGGGUAACCUUCCUGGCAUGAACAGAUUCGAGGUUGCUGGACAGUGGCACGCUGGAGACUGAUUUGUUUGCCCAUGGGCGGCUGCUGUGGCAGGGCCGCGGCGCCGCGUCCUUGAUCUUCGGUUUUCCAGUGGACCGUUUGAGCAAGUCCGGCUUCUCUGCUGCUAACGCUGCUGCCGGGAUACAGCGGCGGAGCCGGCUGCUAAUGCUAUAUACCGGAACACUGCUAAUGCUGCUUGCUGUGCUGCUGUAGCUCAGUCGUAACUGUAACUGAUGCUGAGACUCUACUGACUGCCUGACUGGUAGAUGGCGGUGGGUGGCACAACAGGCCAAAACACAAAUUCAAAACAUAAACAUGAUUUGCGGACCGUAAUUUUUUUUUUUUUUUUAAAUGCGAAUAUUCUGGCUGUACUAUUGCUGUCAGUGAGAACAGUAUGUUAUAUGAACAUUAUUCCUUAGUCUCUGUGACAUAUUAGGAGGAUUUUACGACUAUUUGUUUUAGAUUUCUUACAUAUAGCUCCUUUAACUUCAUUACAGUGAUGGAAUGUAACCAAGUAUAUUUACUCAAGUACUGUACUUAAAGGACCAAUGUGGGGGAUUUAGGGAGAUCUGUUCACAGAAAUGAGGUAUAAUAUUCAUAAUUAUGUUUUUAUUAGUGUAAAAUCACCUGACACUAAGAAUAGUCAUGUUUUUGUUAGCCUCGAGUGAACCCUUUAUAUCUACAGUGGGAAACACUGGCUCUGGAGAGGCACGUUAUCUGUUAGAUGCUUGGAAAUAGAGAGCCAAGGGCAGGUAUUCACUCGGUUGCAUUCUGUAACCUCACCACUGGAUGCCAGUAAAUCCUGCACACUAUACACUGUUACUGUAAUAACAGUGUACUGUAAUGUAGUGUACUGUACUGUAAUUUUGAGGUACUUGUACUUUACUUGAGUAUUUACAAUUCAUGCAGCUUUACACUUCUUCACCACUAUAUCUCAGAGGCAAAUAUUGUACUUUUCACUCCACUACAUUUGUCUGACAGCUUACUUUUUUUUUUUUUUUUACAUCCCCUUCCUGUCCAGUUAAACUAUACAUCAACAGAUCUGCUGAUUGUGAAUGUUUGUGAUAAACUGAAAGGAUGAAGGGCUCAGAAGUGAUGAACUGAAACAUGAAGGGCUCAGAAGGGUGGGAGCCUUUCUGUACAAAGUUUGCAUGCUCUCUCUGUGAUGCAUGGGUUUUCUCCAGGUACUCCAGCUUCCUCCCACAGUCCAAAGACAUGCAGGCUAGGUGAACUGGUGACUCUAAACUGGUCAUAGGCGGCAAUGUGCGCAUGAACUAUUGUCUGUGUUUAUGUGUCAGCCCUGUGAUAGUCUGGCAACCUGUCCAGGGUGUACCCCACCUCUCGCCCAAUGACAGUUGGGAUAGAUGUGUUUGUAUAAGUGAAAAUUAUCCUACUUCUUAAGGCAAAGUAAACUAUUUAUAAACCCUCUUGGGUCAGCUGGAAAAUGCCAUCUCAAAGCUUUUAACAGGGUUGUUUUUCUGACAACAUGAACAGUUGACUCUUUAGAGAUGCAUAGUUCUCACAGGACAGCCAUGCUAUUAACAUAUCAUACAAAAAGACGCAUUGCUGUAGAUUAAACUACCCAACAGUAUAUAAAAGAAAUACAAUAAGCACAACUUUUGACAUCUAAAGCGAUACAGUGCAACAUAUACAUUAAUGAAGCAGUAAUAUUAAUGUCAAAAAACCAUAUACAGUAGUAAAACACUGAAAGGAAAUAUUUGAGUACUUUUGAUACUUAUAAGUACAUUUUGCUGGUAAGAGCAAGCUACAUAGUUUUACCUUAAGGUUUUGAAUGCAGAACUUAUAUAUAUAUAUACUUAUAUUUUAGUAUCUUCACAGUGUGGGAUUAGUACAAGUAAGUGCUAGCUAGUUAGCUUACGUAGCUAGCUAAACGACACUUUAGUCGACGUAAAAGGUGUCAAAUAAUUCUUUAACUGACGGAGCUAAUGUCAAAACUUCAAUAAAUGAUGUAAUUCAAAAACAUUUAAUUACUCACUAUAAGGUGGUAACAAGCUUAACGUGAUAAGUUUCACUUACACUCAGGGGGUCGCUAGCCGAGGUGAGGUUGGCAGCUACGCAACAGUUUGAUUGCGCAGAUGUAACGGUAUUUUUUUAAUCACCCUCGAAUAUUAGCUCACGUGAUUGGCUGAAUCGGGGGGAGACAUCUGAUUGGCUACAGAUAACUCAUUAAAGAAUGAAGCUGUGAAUGGAGGCGUAGCAGUUAAGUUCACACACAGGUUCAACAUACAAAUGUAGUAACAGCCAAUUAUGGUGUGGAUGAAAACUACAAAUACUUUUCCAUGCAUACAUUUGUUUAUUUAUUUAAAACCAGAAAAAAAAAAAAAAACGAAUGUCCAUUAGAAAUGUGUAUGUGAACUUCAUCUUUUAAUAUAUGGAUGUCUUUUUUUUUUUACAUUUAUAUACAAUAUAAAAUUUUGUGUGUGUUGAAAAAUAUUUUUGUGGAGAGAGUCACUUAUAUUUAAUCACAAAAUACAUUUGUGAACGCCUCUGUGCACAAGACCCAUUGGAUUCCAGAAAUACAGCCCACCCAGUGUUGUGUAAAUAUAAUCAGUCUGAAUAUAAGAAUUGUCUAUUUUAGAGGACACUUAAAACAUAACCAACUCAAUAUUAUUAAAUAGCCUACAUGGUGUUCCCAGACUACAAUCAGCAAAGAAAAUAAAGAGCAGUUACUUUGCCAAGUAUCAGAUUUGAUAGAUGAGGUUAUACCAUAAGCCUUAAUAUAAACUGUGGCUCCUGUUCUUUCUCU